AUGGAAGAUUUAUUGACGCCGCAGAUAUGCAUGGACAUAGAUGAGACCCCCCUUGAUGUCGGAGCAGAUUCCGAUGAGGAUGAUACAGCCAGUACGGGCUCGUCUAUUGAUGACGAUGAUGAUGCUAAAGUACAACAUUUACUUGAACUAGAAUUUAAACAUCCUUCUCAAGUUCCUGAAAACUUAACAGAGUUUGAAAUUGAAGCAAAAAAGAAUGUAUUUACUGCAGGUGAAUUAUCGGUUGAAUUUCAUCGAUUACAUUGCACCGCUUGUAACGUCCACUUGGGGAGUGCCCCAAUAAAUUUUUUCAAUCGUUAUAUCCAUCCAUUAUUAAAAGUUAUUGUCUGCAAAUCUUGUUAUAACUUUUAUUGUAGCGGGGAAUUUGAUAAAGAUGAAGAUGGGAGCGAAAUGUAUUGUAGAUGGUGUGGACAAGGAGGAAAGGUUAUGUGCUGCGCACAAUGUGCUUAUGUUUUCUGCCAGAAAUGUGUUCGCCAAAACUUGGGUAAAAAAACGUUGGAAAUGAUAAAGGACAGUGAUGAUUGGUUAUGUUUUGGUUGUAAUCCUUCUCAGUUGCUAAAUUUAAAAAUAAUUUGCUCCAGUUUAUACGAUUUUAUGCAAGAAGAAAUCCGGUUAGCUAAAGCUCUUUCAAAUGUUGAACGAUUAAAAGUCGAUCAUUCAAUGUGUUGUGGGAGGACGAGAUCGUCUUCUAAACGAAAAAGGGACGAAGAUGAAACGUACAAUCCAUAUUUAGAGGAAAAUAAGUUAUCUAAGCGAUCUAAAUCAAUGCCUAAGGCGCCUGAAAAGGUCGUUUGCGCUCCAGAUCUUUCCAAUAUAAUUAGCGAUAAUAAAAAAGAUCCGCCGAAAGUUAAUAAAGAAAAUAAAUCCCAAUCAAUAUUAACUUAUGUCCCAAAAAAGCCUGUAACUCAACCACCUUCAUCAUUUUAUAUUUGUAGUCCAACAGCAAAUGUUUGCAAACCAAACAACGCAAACGUAAUUCGUAUUCAAAAUCCAACAGUUAAAGUUGUUGCAGCUACUCCAACAACAGUGCCUCUUAUUAGUUCAAUUCCAGUUCAUUUAGCCCCAGAUACUAAACAUGAAUGGUUCGAAAAGGCAGCUACCGUAGUUUCAACCAUCACUGGAAAUCUAUCCCUUACUAUAGAUACAUUAACCAACGAAUUAAAGGGAUCAAAAACUGUAGAAAAUUUAGCUCAAGUUCAUAAUAAACUGCAAGAAUUAUUGAGCACAUCAAUUAAUUCUUUAAUCCAAGUCCGAAAAAGUUUGCGAAAUCAAUUUUUAGAGGACUUAAACCAUUUAAAAUUUACCGCACAAAAUAACGCGCCGCGUAUUCAAAUAGCUCCGGUAACUCAAAAUGUGGUAAAAGAUGAAAACGAGGAUGACGACGAUGUCGUUAUUGUUAAUACACCUCCGAAGGAGAUAAAACAACCCACCAAGAAUAAAGAAAAUAAUGGUAGACCUUAUUUGAAAGUGAGGUCUGUGUCUCAACUUUUAAAAGUUCCAGCAGAAUGUAUUACAAUUCCGGAUGAUCCACCAAUUCGAAGUGAAGUUAAAACGGUAAAUAAAGUGAGUGUAUUGAUGAAAGAAGAAAAAGAAGAGAGUAGGCAAAUAAAUGAAGUUAAAGCAGAUGUAAUUAAUAAAGAAAGUCUAAUGAAUAGGAAUAAGGAAAAUGAGGAUGAUAUUGGAAUAAAUAAGAAAAAAGGGGAGAAUCUCCCACUAAAUAAUGCAAGAAAUGAGGAUACCCCAAUAAAUAAAGAAAACCAGGAACUUGUCUUAAUAAGUAACGAAAAAGAGAAGAAUAAAAAAGAGAAAUCUGAAAGCGAAACAAACUCCAAUAAAAUAGUUGAUGAAAAUAAUAAAAAAGAUACAACGGAAGUUCUUGGAAAUGAUGAAAUAAAUAAAAUGCUUACAGAAGAACUUUUGCUUCCAUCCAGUACAGAGCAGUCUGAAAUUGAUAACGACGAAUGGAUUAAUGAAGAUUUUGAAGAUCAUCUUGCUUGUGCAAUAGUUCCAAAUAAAAGCGAUACUAGUAAGAAAUGUGUAGAAAUUGAUAAUGAUGAUAUUGGAAAUUGUGAUAAUCAAAAUAAAAAUGAUAAUAAAGAAAAUAAAAACGAAAGGGAUGUAGAUGAAAUUAUUAAUGAUGAUAAAACUGAAGAAAACGAUAAAUUGAAUACUGAAGAAGAAAAAAGAACGGUUUCAAAUGAAACAGUGGAAUCUGAAAGUGUUGAAAAAUUAGAUGAUCUAACAAUAUUUGAUUCAAAUAGUGAACUUAAAGAAACUGAAAAAGAUUCUCGGACUGAUAAUGAAUCAAUUGAUUUAUUAAGCAUGUCAUUAAAAAUCUAA